GCCAAGCAGGGGGGGACAGACACACAGAAGGAGAGAGAGCUGGAGAGAGCAAGAUAGAUGGAGCGAGACAGAGUUUCCUACAAACAACAGAUGUAAUGGUACAUUUUCAAACCUCUUGGAACACAACUCUAAACUGAGUGUAGGAGUCUCUGUUCAAUACUUUAAUCAUAUUUCCUUUGAAUUUCACACUGAUGGAAGCUUCUUUGUACCUCACCCUCCUAAUCUCAGGUUUCUACACACCUUCCUCAUGUCUUCAUCAGUAUCACUCCAUUACCAACUCUAUGACCUGGACUGAUGCCCAGAGUUACUGCAGAGAACACUACACUGAUCUGGCUACAGUAGAUGACAUGGAGGACCUGAACAGGCUGAUUACCAGUGUCAAUGAUUAUAAAUUAUGGUACUGGAUCGGACUGAAGAAGGGAGACUCAAUGAAGUGGCACUGGUCCCUGUCAGACAGACGUUUCUACAGAGAGGGGGAGACUGAGUUCAGAAACUGGGACACUGGGACACCCCAAAAUUGCAACUGUGCUUUUAUGAGUACAGCUGGGCUGUGGAACAACACCUCCUGUGAUGACCAGCAUCACUUCAUCUGUUAUGAUGGAAAACAAGACACCAACCUAACAUACGUCUUAAUUCAGGAAAACAAGACCUGGAUAGAUGCUCAGAGUUACUGCAGACAGCAUCACACAGACCUGGUCAGUGUGAGGAACCAGACUGAGAACACAGAGAUAGAUCAGAAGAUAUCACUGAGGGGACUUCCUGUGUGGAUCGGUCUGUUUCUAGACUCCUGGAUAUGGUCAGACCAGAGUGACUCCACAUUCAGAAACUGGUGGCCAGGAUGGCUUUCAACAGAACAGAGAUACAACUGCACUAUGGUGCAUUCUAAUCCUUCUUCUCCUUACCAUGCUAAAUUGAGAAAUUAUCCCUGUGAGAACACCUUUCCUUUCAUCUGCUAUGCUGUGGAGACCACAACUGCCCCCCUGCCCACACCCACAACAACGACUACCCCCCUGCCCACAACUACCCCCCUGCCCACAACCACGACUACCCCCCUGCCCAUGACCACGACUACCCCCCUGCCCAUGACCACGACUACCCCCCUGCCCACAACCACGACUACCCCCUGCCCACCACCACGACUACCCCCCUGCCCACGACCACGACUACCCCCCCUGCCCACAACUACCCCCCUGCCCACAACCACGACUACCCCCUGCCCACAACCACAACUACCCCCCUGCCCACAACCACAACUACCCCCCUGCCCACAACCACGACUACCCCCCUGCCCACAACCACAACUACCCCCCUGCCCAUGA